UUUUUCAUAUCUGAUAUUUUUGCGCGAUAAUAAUUUAACGAUAAAUAACACGAAUUAAUAAAUAAUUUCAGAUUCGAGAUCGACACUUGUAGAUCAUGUUUGUUUUGUAACAACGGAUGACCGAUGUUUUGGGAUCAUGUUUGAUGCAUAGAACGUGGUGACCGAGAGAGAUUUAGCUUUCUAGAAAAGGGCGAUUUCUCCGUAGGAAUAACAAAACGACCUUGUGCGAGAUCUUGGCGAAGUCUUCAGAGGCAUAUUGUAACUGUAUAAAAAAUCCGGUGCCACGUUUUAGAUCGACGCCACCGCACGUUAAGAUGAAAUGCUACCUUAUCAGGAACUGCACUCGCUUCCUAUCCACCGGACAGCAUAUGCCGAAGGUAUGCAUUGUCGGUUCGGGUCCGGCAGGUUUUUAUGCGGCCCAGCAAUUACUGAAGAGUUCAGGUGAUGUGAGAGUCGAUAUAUUGGAGAAACUACCUGUUCCCUUCGGUUUGGUGCGCUUCGGUGUUGCUCCGGAUCACCCUGAAGUGAAAAAUGUUAUCAAUACGUUCCAUAAAACCGCGACCAAUCCACGUGUUCAGUUUCUAGGCAAUGUUAAUGUCGGCACGGAUAUUACCGUCGAUCAGUUAUGUGACUUUUAUCAUGCUGUAUUACUGACUUACGGCGCUCAAGAAGACCGAUUGCUCAAUAUACCGGGUGAAUACUUAAACAAUGUAAUAUCAGGUCGACGUUUCGUUGGUUGGUACAAUGGAGUACCAGCUGACAAGGACUUGAACAUUAAUCUAGACGUGGAAGAAGUGGUUGUUCUAGGUCAAGGCAAUGUAGCUAUAGAUAUCACGAGAAUUCUUUUGACACCUAUCGACAAGCUCAAGAACACCGACAUUACAUCGUUCGCCCUGGAACGUUUAUCUCGUAGUAGAGUGCGAAAAGUCUCCAUGGUUGGACGAAGAGGGCCUUUGCAAGCCGCAUUCACAAUCGCGGAACUGCGCGAGCUCCUUAAGUUGGAGAACUGCCAGAAACUCUGGCGACCGCAAGACUUCACGGGCGUACGAGAUAUUGUGCCGACCUUAGCCAGACCGCGAAAACGACUGACGGAACUCAUGUUGAAAUCUUUAGAAGAAUCCGUGAGCGGCUCCACGCAUGCUAAAGAGCUAAAUCCGAUCUUUCUGCGAAGUCCCGUCGAAUUCCAUGGCGGCGAUGAACUGCGAAGUGUCAGAUUCGCAGUGAGUCGUCUGCGAGGAGAUACGAUUCAAGAUCAGGUGGCCGAGGCAACCGACGAAUUCGAGACGAUCCCGUGUGGUUUGACUCUGCGUAGCAUCGGUUACAAAUCCGCUCAAAUAGAUAGUUCGAUUCCGUUUGACGCGAGGAAGGGACGUGUGGUGAAUAAGGGCGGUAAGGUCGACGGCAAUCUCUACAGCGCUGGAUGGGCAGCCACCGGACCGGUCGGCGUUAUCUUAUCGACUAUGACGAACGCUUUCCAAGUCGGCAAUCUGAUGUGCAAAGAACUGACAUCCUCGACUGAGAAUAAAGCGGGUUCAAACGGUGUGCGCGAUAUCUUGAAUGCCAAGAGCAUCCAGAUAGUAUCUUAUGGAGACUGGCAAAAGAUCGACCGCGUUGAACAAGAGCGUGGUAAACAGCUGGGAAAGACGCGGGAGAAGAUUGUCGAUGUGGCGGAGAUGCUCGAUAUAGCUGCAAAAUGAGCAAUCUAAAAAAUAUUUAAAGGAUGUUUGAAAAAUUAGCUAAAACAUGAAUUUGCGAGAACCAAGAAAGAAAAAACGAAUAAAGUUGAAACCACAGUUUCCGUUUCCUAUUCCAUUGGAUGAAACACAAGAAUGGCCAGUGUACACAGCACAUCUCACAGAUAUGGGGUCAUGCAUAAUUGAACCUGAAGAGAUCAAUGCAGUGCAUUCUAUG